GGCCGCGCUGUCUGCCUCUCCUCCGCUUCCUCCUCGUGGAGCGCGAACGCGUGAGGCCAGUUCCGGGGAUGUGAGAGCCGAAGCCCCUCGGCUGCCAGGCACCGAGUCGGGUCGGGAUUUGCCAGCGGGGCUCCGGCUCCAGCCCUGCGAGCUCGGCUCGCACCCGAGCAACCCAGGCCCGACAGCGAGUUCGGGCGGGACGGCGGCCGCCGCACGCCCAGACUCGGCUUCGCCGCGCGCCCAGAAGAUGAAUCCGGCCUCGGCGCCUCCGCUCCCGCCACCCGGCCAGCAAGUGAUCCACGUCACGCAGGACCUAGACACCGACCUCGAAGCCCUCUUCAACUCAGUCAUGAACCCCAAACCCAGCUCGUGGCGGAAGAAGAUCUUGCCCGAGUCGUUCUUCAAGGAGCCUGACUCUGGCUCGCACUCGCGCCAGUCGAGCACCGACUCGUCCGGCGGCCACCCGGGGCCCCGGCUGGCCGGCGGCGCUCAGCACGUCCGCUCGCACUCGUCGCCGGCGUCCCUGCAGCUGGGCACCGGCGCGGGCGCGGCGGGCAGCCCCGCGCAGCAGCACGCGCACCUCCGCCAGCAGUCCUAUGACGUGACCGACGAGCUGCCGCUGCCUCCGGGCUGGGAGAUGACCUUCACGGCCACUGGCCAGAGGUACUUCCUCAAUCACAUAGAAAAAAUCACCACGUGGCAAGACCCUAGGAAGGCGAUGAAUCAGCCCCUGAAUCACAUGAACCUCCACCCCGCUGCCACUUCCACACCAGCGCCCCAGAGGUCCAUGGCCCUGUCUCAGCCAAAUCUCGUGAUGAGCCGCCAGCAUGCGCAGCCGAUGGCGCCCGGCACCCUGAGCCCACAGAACCACCCUGCUCAGAGCCCUGCGGCCGGGCUGAUGGCCGCGCCCAGCGCGCUGACCACCCAGCAGCAGCACCAGCAGAAACUGCGGCUCCAGAGGAUCCAGAUGGAGAGGGAGAGGAUCCGCGUGCGGCAGGAGGAGCUCAUGAGGCAGGAAGCUGCUCUCUGUAGACAGCUCCCCAUGGAAGCUGAGAGUCUGGCCACAGUUCAGGCUGCUGUCAACCCACCAGCCAUGACCCCAGACAUGAGAUCCAUCACUAAUAAUAGCUCGGACCCUUUCCUCAAUGGAGGGCCAUAUCAUUCAAGGGAGCAGAGCACUGACAGUGGCUUGGGGCUGGGGUGCUACAGUGUCCCCACAACUCCAGAGGACUUCCUCAGCAAUGUGGACGAGAUGGACACAGGAGAAAACGCAGGGCAGACACCCAUGAGCAUCAAUCCUCAGCAGACCCGUUUCCCUGAUUUUCUUGACUGUCUUCCAGGAACAAAUGUUGACCUAGGAACUUUGGAAUCUGAAGAUCUGAUCCCCCUCUUCAAUGAUGUGGAGUCUGCUCUGAACAAAAGCGAGCCCUUUCUAACCUGGCUGUAAUCAGUACCUUUGUGCCUUGAAUGCAGCCGUGACUUGACAUUUCCUGGGCCUCUUGGAAAAAGCCGUGGAGCAGAGAGGUCUGCAGGUGUACCACUCCUGCCCCCAUGACUCCUGCUCCCUCCUUUCCGUGUGGCCAGUUUAAUCAUUGCCUGGAUUUGAUUGACAGUAACUUAAGUUAAACAUAAAUAAAUACUCUGUUUUCAUUUUCUGCAAGCCUGCAUUCCUUCAAUGGGUUAUGCAGAAUUGCGUCUCUGUUUUUCUCUUUGCUGCCCCAUGACUAAGCUUUAUGGGUGUGAGUUGAAAUUUACACAUCACUUGAUUUUAUAAACCAUAAAAAGCCAACCACAGGCAGUGACUUCUGACAGGCGGCUUGGUCCAGGAAAUGUACACUAAAUUACACCCGAUUGACAGUUUCAAAAACUAUAUUGAUGACAGUAGUACCAAAUGCUUUAAAAAAUAUUUAACUUGAGCAUCAAAAAUCAUUGUAUCGCUAGUAAAAUUCUGCUGUAUGGAAUACGGUGUAGUUUGGGAUCCAUGCUGGUUCUGAUGGUUCUUAUUGCUUUGUAUUUACAAAGGCACACACAGUCCUAUUGUAGUUUAUCUUUCAUCAUUUUACUGCAUAUUAUCUAAACAACUAGUCCUUCCAGCAGGCGAGAGCAGCAUAAACCACUGUUCCUACAGUACAGCUCUUAUGAAGGAAACCAGCUCAGUACUAAUUAUGAGCAUUUAUUAAACAGAACUUCAAAAUUGCAAGUUGGAUUUUUGCAGCUUAGAACUUGAUGUCUGUUUUAUAAAGCACUAUGAUUUUGUAGCCGAUGACAAAGGGCAGCCAAAUUUUUUAUAAAUCCGUGGCAACUGUAUUUUUCUCUUUUGAAACUGUUCUGAAAACAGCAGAGCAACGUAGCUUUCAACCUGAUGUACACACAGUAAGCUGUUGCUUUUUAAAUUCUGAAAGCUCGUCAGUUUUGCUUUCAAGAUUUUAAGUGUUUAAACUAAUCUCAUCUAUGAAACUGUAGGAUGAAGCAGAUCUCUGACUGACGUGUAAAAAAAUGCCCCCGAGGGUAUAUGGUGGAGACAUAUGUUUCUGAUUCAGUAAAAUUGAUUCUUAAGUAUAUUAUCCUAACGCUGUUUGCUACAGUUGGUAUAAAAAGGCAUGAAAUAUGUACUCAAUACCUCCUAUGUAACCAAAAACGUUUUGUAUGAGCUUCUAAGGACUGAGAGAGCAUCAGGUUUACCUGGCAUGCACUCUGCCUGCAUGGCCAAUGAAGUCCUCAACUGUUUAAUAUUUUGAACUGACAUUAUUUAUAAUCUAUGAGUUUAGUGUCUUUUUUGAAAGACAUUAAUAAUUCAGGUCUCUGAGAGGAACCUUUCAAUUCCCAAUGGGGCCUAUUUGUUGGGGAUCUUAGAUAAGAUCCUUUUUGAUCUACCAGAGUACAGACAGGCAGAAUACAUUUUAUCUUGUUGGAAAGAAGGCAAGUGUCAAGGUCAGAGAUGAAGUAGUAAAGUUAUGGGAUAUGGUAGAAAGGAUACUAGUUGUGGAAUGGAAAUAGAUAAGUUAAAGUGCCCCAGAAGCAAGACAAGCAGGAGGUUCAUGAGAGGUAACCUGAAAGAACAAAGCAACAGUUUUCUACUACAUCCUUUAUAUCAAAAGACUGUUGCAGCAGAAAAGAAGGCUUUGGUGCACUUUAUGUGGGAGAUGGAGGGGUAGGGAUGAUGUCGCCUUGUCCAUGAUGCUGAGCACGUCUGUGGACAAGAGCAUAAACCUACUGUGGCUUCCAACACAAUGAAGUGAUUUCUUUCCCCUGAAGGACCUGUGGUUCCUCUGAUCCCUUCUCUCUCUAAAUGCUGAGAGAGACGGGUGGAUGUGUGUGUUGCUAUUAAAUUAAAGGGAGCACUAUUUUGGUUUCUCUUUGUUAGCAAUUACUGCAAGAAGAGUUGUACAUUCUUUAUAAGGAUGGAAAAAAACCAAAAAAACAAGGGACCUAACAAAACUGAGCAGUGUUACUGUAUUUUAAAAAAGUAUUUUUGUAGACUCCUUUUCAGGUUAUUAAACAUAAGAGAAACAGAUACCCCUCUUUUUUUUUAAGUAGUUACAACAUUGAUGAUUUGUAUUAUCAAUUUUUAGAAGUAAUUUCCUAGUAAGCUUAUGGCAUUAGAAAUAUUAGAAUAAUUUUUUUAGUGAAAUUAGUUGGAACAUUUAUGAAUGAACGUAACAAAUAUUUUUCUGGAAUUAAAUAUGGACCCUGACUAUGUGUUUACUAACAGAUAAAGCCAGAUAGAAUUCUGAUGUUGCUUUAAGGCCAUAAAAUAGACCCUUUGUUAAAGAACACUAAAGCUAGAGAUCUGAAGUCAGAACAACUUCUUAAAUGAUAUUUCCUAUUAUUUUAAGUAUUAAAAAAAAAACACCCCUAUGGAAUUCAUGAUAAGGUGCUAUUUAUACUAUAUUUCUUAUUAAACAAUAACUGCCAGGAUAUCUAGUCUUUUUAGUCCUAAAUCAAUCAGUAAAUCUCAACAUUUCAUCCAAUAAUUUUGCCAUAGAAAAGUCAUAUUAAAAAUUGAAAUUCACAAGUAAUUUCACAGAUCUUCCACGGCUUUUUUCCCUGAUAAACCAUAUUUUCUUAAAGUAAAGCCUAUUUGCAAUUCUGUUAAAUCUAGUAAUUAUUUGUGUUUCACUAUAGUAUUUAGGAUGUGAAAUGCCAUUUCUUCCACUGAUUGUACUAUAUACCAGAGGCACAUAAAACAGAGUAAGAAAUUCUGUGUGCUGGGGGUGCUGCUGAGCCCAGUGGGGUAGAGCAGCUCUCCGUAGGAAGGUGGGUGAUCUGGAGAGAGGGAGGUGUUGGCUAAAUACAAGUUGUGUUCUCAUGAUAUAAUUAGAAAGUAACUUCUGAAAGUACAACUUUUAUGACAAAAAAAAAUGAGCUGUUAAAAAAAGGAAAUUGUAGAUAAUUUAAUUGGGAAAAUGGGUGAUUGACGGAGACCGUUUCCCUAACACACUACAUUGUUUAUGUGCUAGUACUUUGACUUUUUUAAGACUUUACUUCUACAUUUUUUAAUAUGACGCGUGUUUAUUUUUAAUUUAGAAUGCUAUGUGUACAGAAAGUAUGUAGCCAAAUCAAUCAGAUCAAACCAUUUUACCUGGAGUUUGGUACUGGUUUUUACUUCUCUGAUUCUGUAUAAGAAAAAUAAAUACAGUUGAAUUUCCACUUGGA